AUGUCAUUUUACGGAAACAAUCGUAGUGCGGGAGCUUUGCCUGUUUCAAAGGUACAAAAUGCCGAAAAAGACCUAGCCAAUGACAUUGUCCUUCAAAACCCGGCAGAGGACUCCAUCUCAGACAUAGCCUUUUCUCCACAGCAAGAUUUCCUGUUUAGUGUGAGCUCUUGGGACAAGAAAGUUCGUGUUUGGGACGUGAAUGGCGGUGCGGCUCAAUGCAGAGCAGAAUAUCAGCAUCAAGGGCCAGUUUUAACAACAAGGUGGUCGGACGAUGGGACCAAAAUAGCCUCUGGUGGGUGCGACAACGCUGUGGUUGUCUUCGACGUAGCAACGGGCCAAUCCCAGCAAAUUGGGGCCCAUGAUUCAGCGGUCAAGUGCCUACGGUAUGUGAGGUGUGGGCCCACGAAUACGGAGUGUUUAGUGACAGGUUCGUGGGACAAGACAGUUAGGUACUGGGAUAUGCGCCAGCCACAGCCUGUGUCUACUCUAUCGAUGCCCGAGCGUGUAUACUGUAUGGACUCAAAGCAGAAACUUCUCGUGGUCGGAACGGCUGAGCGACAUAUUGCGGUGAUCGACCUUAACAACCCGGCUGCUAUUUUCAAAACAAGCAUGUCACCUCUAAAGUGGCAAACCCGUUCGAUUGCAUGCUACAUAGAAGGAAAUGGGUUUGCAAUUGGGUCCAUUGAGGGACGCUGUGCAAUUCAGUACGUGGACGAACAAGAGCAGCGUAAAUCUGGCUUCUCGUUCAAGUGCCAUCGCGUUCAGCAGCAGGCCACGGGUCCCGCUGGUGGACGUUCUACCACAGAAUCUCAGGUAUACCCUGUCAAUAGCAUUGUUUUCCACCCAGUGCAUGGCACGUUUGCGACCGCGGGCGGCGAUGGCACAUUCCAUUUCUGGGACAAAAACCAGCGGCACAGGCUCAAGGGUUUUCCUUCGCUACAGGCAUCUAUUCCUGCGUGCAACUUCAAUCGCAGUGGAUCAGUCUUUGCAUACGCUCUCAGCUACGAUUGGCAUCAGGGCCACGCAGGCAACAGACCCGACUACCCAAAUGUCAUCCGUCUACAUCCUACUACCGACGACGAAGUCAAGGAGAAGAAAAAGUAA